GGUUACUACGACUGUAUUUCACAGCUGUACUUAAAACAGCAGUCAUGCAAACGAUAUGAUAAAAAAACACUUCUGGGAUUUACUAACAGGGGCGUGACAAUCCUAGGAGGGCUAUUACUCGUUCCCGCCCCAUAAUUGGUCGUCAUUUCCUCAUUCAAAAGCGCACGAGGGCAAGGAGUUACUGUUAAGUAUUAAGUUGUUUGGGUAUGGGAAGGGAAGCAGCAGGUGGUGAGUAAGUCGGUUGUUGUUGGUAUUCGUGGGUGUGUAUUGGUGUCAGAGUACAGAAACAGGGUAUCGAAGUACAAGAAAAAGUGGAUGAUGACUUCAUAUAAACCCUGUUGUGGAAUAUCUUGAUAACUUUCUGAUUAUGGCAGCCACAUUUGUUCCUUUGCCAGUCCCUUUAGGAAAUGAUUCUCCUAAUUCUAAUCGAAGUAGGACACGCAGAAGUUCUUCAUUUGGGAGUAUGUCUACUAAUUCCAGUUCAUCGAAAGGUCAGCCUGAGGACCUCAGUACAGGAAUCUGUACAGCAUCAGUUGUAGCAGAACAUGUGAGCCCCACUUCUGUUUGUAGUAGCCCUCGUAUUCAGACUAAGCUCAAUGGUGUGAAUCCAUCCAUUCAGUAUAAUAUUGGUCCUGAGAUGGCUGUGCAAGACAUGGAAGCAUCCAACUGGGAAGAAAGACCAGCCACACCUACCAUUUUGGGGUAUGAGGUGAUGGAAGAACGAGCAAAAUUUACUGUUUACAAGAUACUUGUAAGAAAAGUUCCUCACGAAAGCUGGGUUGUUUUCAGAAGGUAUACUGACUUUUCACGACUAAAUGAGAAGUUAAAGGAAAUGUUUCCAGGCUUCCGUCUUGCACUGCCACCAAAACGUUGGUUCAAGGACAACUACAACCCUGACUUCUUAGAGGACCGUUUGCUUGGGCUGCAGGCAUUUCUGCAAAACUUGAUAGCACACAAAGACAUAGCAAAUUGCCUUGCUGUUCGGGAAUUCCUUUGUUUAGAUGACCCACCAGGUCCAUUUGACAGCUUGGAAGAAAGCCGAGCCUUUUGUGAAACUCUAGAGGAAACAAACUAUAGACUACAAAGGGAACUUAUUGAAAAACAGAAGGAACUGGAGUUACUGAAGACACAGCUGAAAGAAAAGCAAGAUUAUAUUGUUGUUUUAGAAAAUAGACUUAAAGAGGUUACUUUAGGCGAUGAGUCACAUCGAAGGUUAUCAGUCCAGGGAAGUGAGUGCAGUGAAGUGGAAUCUUCUGCAGUAGAAGCUGACCAGGUUAUCACAGAGGAGAGCAAUGGUAACUCGUCAUCAAAUUCUGACACAACAAAACCGAUGGCAUGCUGGUGUGGGCCUUCAUCUAAAACUACAAUUCAAGAAAUUGAAGUAGCUCAAGCUGCUGCUUCUGAGGAAGUAGGAACACUAACUGGCCAAGUGUAACUUCUUCCAAUGGUGCCAAGAACUGAACGGGUAAAAUUUUUUGCUCCUGUAGCUUGUGUCAGGUGAAGCACUCGGAAUGUGACCUUAAAUUCUUCAAAAGAAUGGAAAGUCAACACUGGAUGUUUGCUUCAUACUUUAUCCGUCAUCCUUUCUGUAUUGAGAAAUAAGUUGCUAUCAUGGAUAUAUCAAAAACUGGUUUAAGUACAUGAUGGCAUCAAAGACAUUGUGUGUCAGCUACAUCAUCAUCAACUGAACUAAUCAUACUUAAGUUAACCUAGAUACUUGCAAAGUUAUUCUGUCUUAAGUACAUAAUUUAAGUAUAUGGGCAAGUGGAAUAAUUUACAGUUUGUUGCUUCAGAAGUGGAAUUUAUGGAGACUAGCAAAAGUGGGGAGUGCAUUUGUAUAACUUGAAAUGCUGCUUUUACUGAGCUGUUGCAUAAUCCAUCUCAUCACUCUUUAGUAGUGUAUUGCUUGUACAGACACAGCUUUACACUUUCAAAUUAGGUUGCUGCAGAUACUAGUACUAAACUUUAAAAUGAUUUGUAAAUGAGUCAUUUAGACAUGCAGCUCCACAGGGUCAGACUUUGAUAACAUUUAAGUAAUAGAAAACAUGAUUUUGACAUGAAUUGUCUACUUCAGAUUCUGGGUAAUCAUGUUAUUCUUCACGGACUAUUGUAGACCAAUUAAUAUUUAUUCCAAGCAUUAGACUUGCAGCUACAUUUUUGUCCAUGUUUGUUCAACAGAAUGCCCUAUAGCUUAGACAAUUGUCAUUUUGUCAGUCUAACCAGGCCCAGCUUUUGAAGUGCCAUGAAUAUCAGCAGUAUAGAUUCAACUAGCCACCGUCACCCCUCCCAUUAGGAUUUAUGCUUUUGUAAGCUCCUUCCUUGUCUGACCAUUAUUCUGUAUUGCUAAUUAUGGAUCAGAGUUUGCAUCCUUAACUUUGCCUUGCUUUGUUAAUCCAAACCCAGAUGCCUUCUAAGGGGAUUUAGAGGUGAUGGUCCUUUCGGCAGUUCUACUUAUUGUACCCAUUGUUGCUAAAUUGGCUCAUAAUAACGUUUAAAUGCAGCAGAAAUAUGUAUAUCCCCUUCAUCGUGGGUGAAAAAUUAAUAAAAUAGCUACAGAAACCAAAAACGUAUUCUGCAGUGAUUUUCCCACUAAACAUUGGACUGUCUGAUUUACUACUGAAUAAGGUAGGUGUGGGACUUCCUGGUGAGUUUUGCAUAGUGACAGUUGAUGUGGGAGUUGUGGGGUAACAAGAUUACCACAGUAGGUUGUGUUCCCUUAACAUAAAAGCUCUUGCAUAUUUGUUGUAAAACAGUUACUCUUUAAAAUAUGGUAAUAAUUAUUGUGUUUGGUCAUCUCUGUAAAAUUUACAAAUACUUAAGUUUUAAUAACCUGCUAUUUUUUGGGAUUUGUAGGACAAACUGUUUGUAGACUUGAACAAAGAGUUUUACUGGGUUUUGGCCCCCACAUUGCAUGCACACUUACAAGAAUACAUCCAUACUUUACAAGAUGGUAUAUGAUUGCUCACAGUAGUAAUUCAGGACUGCUGUAAUUAAUGUUGUCCUUGAUCUGCUAGCAGUCCAGUGCAUGAGUAACCAAGAAGGUUAAAAAAUGCCCAAAACGUUCUGUUGCAGGUAGCUAUAGUACCUGUAAAUGCUCUUCAUAGUCAGUGUUGCAAUGCUGAUUCUUCGGUCUCUUUGCUAUGCAGAAGCCCACAUCUGGCCCGAUGGACAUAAACGACUAAUGUCUAGUCACUGGGGCAUAAGAACGUUACUCGUCAGUGCCAUCUUCAGUUCUUUCUAGCCAUGCAGUCCAGUGCUCUUCACCGUGUAUGCUGUUUUCUUGUAGACCGUCAGUUGGUUUGUUUUUUCCAGAGUUUCUUCUGUCCUCCAGUCAGAUAAGUACACUAUUGGGGAUUUUCCUAUUCUAAUGUUUUAAGGUGGUUAACAAUUGUUUGAAGUAUGGGAAGCAAAUCCUGAGUAAAGAUUUGCACUCACUGUGUCUGUUCUGUAUGAGACCUUAACAAGACUUCUCUGAUUGUCCUGAUUAUGUUAAAUAACAUGUGAAGAGCUAAAACGCAGAGACGAAGUCCUAGGUGCUCAGAUGGAUUCCCCAGUUUCAGUUCCCUCCAUUAUCUUUGCAACUUCCAGCUUCUGCUAGUAUUAUCCCCCAAAAAAACUGCAAAGACAAAAAAAAAUUCAAAGCAACACAGUGAAGAUGUGGCUAAUGUUUUGGUCCAUACUACCAAGUCUAUUCAGGUGAGGCACCUUCAUUGCCCCCUGGUCUGCAGUGUUCUAUGCCUGAACUCUGUGGCACAUCUCCUCAGGAGGCUGCCAUGGUUCCAGGCCUACCACUCACUUCUUCGAUGACAUCAGUGUCUGCUGGGUCUGAGGUCUGUCUGCAGGCCACAGCUUCUGAUGUUCAUAUCACAGGUUCUGAAGGAUAUGGCUUUUCAGCCUUUGAAACCUAGACUAACAUCAAGGUCAACAGACCACUUCUUCUGGGUUCUUUGAAAAAGUGCAUGCCUAAACUGAGAAAGUCAGCCUUCCUCUUCUGUCUCCUCAGCCCUCUGUCACUUCAGCUCAAACUGAAGCCCAAAACCUCUUGAAAAUCACUCAGACGUUCAUGGCCUUCAUGAAAUACUAGAGUACCUAGCUACACCCAGACCGCUAUCCCUGAAGCCUCACCAUCCAAGCGGCCUAAGACGGUUGCCUUUCAAGAAGAUUCACAAUCCUCAGACUCUGAGGACGAACAUAGUCUGAGCACCUUCCAACCCAACCUUGUCCGGAAUCAGAUGAUACACUCUCAUCAGACCUCUCUUGCAUGAAUACCCUUCAAAAAAUGAAGGAGGCCUUGGGAAAGCAAAUAGUUCACUCAAGCACAGCCUCACUAUAGUGAAUUGCUGAGUUUACCUUCACCUAGACCCCUAGCUGUCCCCACAUUGUAUGUGGCACUUGAUGACGUUUUUGAAGACAUCUCUUUGCACCCAAAUUCCCUAACACCUCCUCCCAUAAAGCCUGACCAGUUUUAGAGAGUGCUUGGCUCACUUAAGCACAUUUACAAAAUCCUUAAAGCAGAUCCUUCAGUACUUUGUACCAAAUCCACCAAAGGGGUACCAAAAGGUAAAACUAGACAUCCCCUGCCUAAUGACAAUUUUAGACAGGUUUGGCAAGAAUGAAAAUACCUCUGCUGCCCUUUCCAUGAAGGCACUUAAUUAUGAAUUCCACAUGCUGAUAUACUUGGUAUAAUUUGCUCCUUUAGGGAUUCUAAGGCAGAGACACGAGUCUUGUCUAAGGAAAUUCAGUAGAUAGCUAGAACAGGUUUAGAAGUUUCCAGACAUUCCUUAAAAUGUGGGUAUGAUGCACUAGAUACAUUGUGUAGAGCAGAUGCCACUGUCUGUCAUUGGCAGACAUGCAUUACUCUGGUCUCUUCCUCUCUCAGACCAAGUCAAGGCAGAGCUACUGGAUGCUCCUGUAGACAAGAUGUUCCUGUUGGGACCCCCAGCUGAAAAGCUGUUUGAAGAGUUGGACAAAAAAGGAAAACAAAUUAAAACAAUGAAAGAGUUUUACUUGUCACCUAUGCCUAGGAAUAAUAGGAACUAUCCUUGCAAACCGUGCCCCCCCCCCCCCCAGGGCAGGACAAAGGGAAGCCUCUUGGUGCUAGGAAAGCCAGACAUUCCAGAAGAUGCAACCGGAACAAAGAGAACAGGAGCUGAAAACAACACACCCAGCACAAAGACCACCUGUAACUAACCUCAGCCCCCGACUCCUCUUCCCUACCAACCCCUUACCCUCUGUCAGGAAGCUUCUCCUUCCUACAGGAAAGAAAAAUCAUUAUGAAGGACCAGUGGGGUCCUUUAAUUCAUAGAAAGGAGCUGCUGCAUUCAGUACAGAUAAAUUCCCCCUUCCAAGGCAUACAAAAGCCACCAAAAGAGCAGGAGUCUCUUGCCACCUAUCCUUUUAGACUUGCUCCAAGUCGUGAAGGAGAAGGUUUUUAUUCAAGUUUUUUCUAGUCCCAAGAUAACAAGGCAUCUGGAGGCCUAUCUUGAACCUGUCAAGACUAAACAGAUUCCUUUAUGUUCCAAAAUUCUAAAUGCUACCCUUAUAAAAGUUACUCCCAGUAAUCUUCCAGAAUGUAUACAGUGUCCUUUAGGUCUAGGGAAGCACUUCCUUUCAUGUCCCUAUUGCACGCUACCACUGAAAGUAUCUGUACUACAUACCAGCAGGUUUGCACUCCCAGUUCUGUGCUUUACCAUUUGGUCUACUGCUGCAAGAGUUUCCCCCAAGUGCUUAACUCCACUGAUAGCCCAUUGCUUAACCCUAGGGAUUCACAUUUACCUUUACCUGGUUGACUCUCAUCCAGGAAAAAUUCACAGAACAGACAGUCAACGCCUUUACAGUUCACACUGGACUGCUUCCAGAAGGUAGGUCUCAUCCUAAACCUCCACAUGUCUCAGUCUCUUCUGCAAACAAUGAUUCUCUUUGUCAGAGCCCUCAUAGGUUCUGUGCAGCAAAAAGCCUUCCUUCCACAGGGGGGGGAAACAUUCCUGACAAAGCUAUAUGAUCAGCUUGCUGCCAAAGCAACAGAUCUAAGCGAGUGUCUCAGGAUGUUGAGAUACAUGGCUUCUUGCAUACUCAUGAUUUCCCUUGAAAGCUACACAUGAGAAAGCUACAGUGGUUCCUAAAAUCAUGGGAACUGAUUUCUAAGCUCCUGGAAACGCUCCUGCCUCUACUUCCAUGCCUAAAAAGGAAGCUGCUAUGAUGGAAGUACACCAUUUUACAGAAUCGUUACUACAGACUUAUCAGACAUAGUUGGGGGAUGGGGGAAGUCACCUGGGGGCCAUGAAGGUGCAGGACAGCUGGACUUUAGAUCACAGGAAGCUACAUAUCAACGAAAGAGGUGAUAGCUGUAUACUUAAGCAAUGAAAGCCUUCCAAGAGAGCCUAACACCAAGAACUUUACAGUUUUGUGACAGACAACAUCACAGCCACAUGGUACAUAAACAAGGGGGAACUUUUUCUUAACCUUGUGCAGUCUUGUACAAGACCUGAAACUGACUCUUAUAGCAUCCUACCUUCCAGGGCAGACUCCUUAAACGGGAUCUUCUGGGCGCCAGUGAAUGGAUGCUGAAGAUGGAGACUUUCCUUUUCUUAACUUUACAAUGAGAAAUUCCCUCGAUAGAUCUUUUUUUUGCUUCCCACCAAAACAGACAACUUCAUGGUUUCUGCUCCAGAAUCCAACAGGCCAGGGAUAUAGAAAAUAGGCUCAUUCUCUUUCAAAUGGACCAACGUGUUUCUGUAUGUCUUUCCACCCUUACCCCAGGGUACUGAUAAAGGUCAGGUCAGGGCAGACAGACAAAGCAUGCAUCUCAUUGAUUCAUACUGGCCAAGACAACUCCAUUUUUAACUCCUUUUGACCCUCAGCAAAUGACAUUCCACCCUCUCUCACAGGAGAUGGACCUCCUCAGCCAGAUGAAAGAGUUCAGUAUUCUAUCCUCGCCUAACCACACUCAAACUGACACCCAGGUGAAAUGGGUUUUAAAACCAAAAAUGUCUGCUUACCUCUGCUGUACUAACCAUUCUUAAGGAAGGAGGGAAACCCACCACCAGAAAGUCAUACUUGGCAAAAUAGAAGAGGUUCUCCAUCUGUUGCCAUAGCAAGGCCACCAUCCCUCCUCAGGCAGACACAGGUUCAGUCCUGCAAUACCUUUCAGAUCUGUUCAGCCAGGGCCUUUCUUGCUGUAGCAUUAAGAUGCAUGCUUCUGCCAUGUCAUCUUGCCUACCCCAUUCCGCUCCCAUUUACUCUCACCUUGACAUGAAGCUCUUUCUCAAAUAGGUCAUUUACUUCAGGCCACCCAGAAGGAGCCCAUUUCCUACCUGGGAUUUCAGUUGCAUGCUAGAAAAACUCACCCUGCCUCCCUUUGUACCACCAGCAUCUGUCCCAUUAAAGAUGCUCACUUGGAAGACCACUUUAAUUGCCAUCACUUCGGCACAGAAACCAUCUGAGCUUCAAGCCCUUAGUGCAAAUAGUCUUUCACAGUAUUUCCCAGAAUAGGAUAAUAACUCUUAGAAUUAAUACAUCUUUCAUGUCUAAGGUGGUAACAGGACUUUCUUUGAACAAGGCUAUUUACAUGCCAGAUUUCUUUCCAAACCCUCAGAACAAAGUGAAGCAAAUCCUUCAUUUCCUGGAUGUACACAGACAAAUCAGGUUCUAAUUAAAAAGAACAAAAAACCCAAAUAGAGCAGAGCAGCAGCUGGUUGUUUUCAAAGGGGUAAAGAGGGCAAACCUAGUUUCAAACAACCCAUAUCUAAGUGUUUAGCCAGUUGCAUUGGGUACUGUUACACUUACCAUGGAAAACCUGUUCCUGGUCACGUCAAACCUCAUUCCACCAGGUACUGGGCAGCUACCACUGCCUUCCAAAAAGGAUUUCCUUCAUAGGGCAUCCUAGAAGCUGGUAUCGGGAACUCCUUACACUCCUUUACAAAACACUGCAAUUUAGGCAUGACCUCAAGAGAUAGAGCAGGGUUUGCUGCAGCCAUCUUGCAAAACAUUAUUUCCUAGGCCAACAAAUUCUCUUACCACCCUUCCACUAGUAUUGGGUGUCUUUCCAAGAAUCAGUACUGCUACAGUGACUACGAAAAACAGUACAGUUAGUUAUACUUAGCAUAAAUAUAGAUGUUUGAGUAGAUCAUUGUUGCAGGAGAAGCAACCCCUCUAUCUCCGCUAUCUGCUGACCCUUUCCUUUGCCAUUUGCUGGGUGCAAGUGAGAAAGGAGACACCUACAGAUAGAUCUGUCUUCAACCCUCUUCCCACUUUCAUGAGUAUUACUACCAUAUGCAAGCCAGACUUCUGGGGAAGUUGUGCUGUCCUUGGGCGGCAGACUCCCUGUACACAGCUUAGAAAGACCUGAUGAUGAUGGCGACAGGUGACUUUCUUAUACCCUGAUGUCCAGAUGUCAGUUAGCAAGGGAUAAUGUAAAGACUCCAGAAAUCGGGCUGGCAGCUGACUUCUACAAGGCAGAAAGACCCAAGAAAGACCCAAGAAUCAGUACUGCAACAGUGACCUACUUGAACAUCAACAAUUGUGGAAAAUGUGGCACAGCUGUACUUUCUCCUCGACACUGCAGUACUCUUUGUUAGUAAAACUGAAAUACUAGCUAAGCCUCUAACCAAAAACGUUUCCCCUUGCCUCACAAUCAAUAUUUCUAUAUUGCUUCUAUUUGCUUCUAGUGUAACAUGAAAGCGCAACUUGGUAAGCUGUUAUACUGUCUGACUUGCUGCUGUUAUCCUAUUUAAAUUAAUAAUGUUGCUGCAUUAUCUGCCAUAAAGAGAGUUAAUGUUU